AUUUUCUCCCUGUUAAAAAAAUAAUAAUAAUAAAACCAAACACAAAGGAAAAAAAAAGAAAAAGCAGUAUUCCACUUUCAACUUUCGCCAUCAACUCCCGAUUCAACUCGCAUAAAGAAAGGCUCUCCUUUGAUCGUCGCUCCAUUGAAGCUGCAGCGAAGUUUCUUUUAUAUAUUACCUUAUAAAAUUAAUUUCCGGUUUUUAUUAAUCGGAAGCGAUGCCUUCAGCCGUAUCGCAGCAGUGGCAAGAGAAGGCGACUGGUUUCUUUUCUUCCUCAGGGGUGAAACUGAAGGAAGCUAGCCACACGGCCGGAACAUUUGUCGGAGAAGUUGCCAAGGAUGCUAAAGGCAACGUCGCUGACGUGGCGGAACGAGUUGGUUCUAUGGUCAAAAGCCGAUGGGCGGUUCUCCGGCAGCCGGCGACAAGACAUGCUGUACAGGAAAGUCUUAUAUCGGCUGCUGCUACGACCGGAACCUUUCUGAGGAAAGGCAUCACCGGAACAAAAGACAAGGUUGUUGUUGGGAAAACAAAAGUUGAAGAGGUAGCAAAAAAGACGGCACAGAAAAGCAAGAUAAUUUUGACAGAUAUAGAACGAUGGCAGAAGGGUGUUGCCAGCACUGAUGUUUUUGGAGUUCCUAUUGAGGAUACUGUACAACGGCAGCAAUCCAACAGGCCCAUUCCGCUUAUAUUGGUGAAAUGUGCAGAUUAUCUCAUAUUAUCAGGUCUAAAUUCGCAAUACUUGUUUAAAGCUGAAGGAGAUAAAAAGGUCAUUCAGCAAUUGGUUUCUACAUAUAACCAAGAUUGCAAUGCUUCAAUACCAGAGGGUGUGAGUGCAAUUGAUGUAGCAGCUCUAGCAAAAUAUUACAUUGCUAGUCUUCCUGAGCCACUGACUACCUUUGAGCUUUAUAAUGAGAUCAAAGGUGCCCGCUCUAGCAUACAUGCUAUGAGAAACAUACUGAAGAAACUUCCUAGUGUAAAUUAUAUGACACUUGAGUUUGUCACUGCAUUGCUGCUUUGCGUUAGUCAGAAAUCAGUCCUUAACAAUAUGGAUGCCCGAAGCCUUGCUAUGGAAAUGGCUCCUGUUAUUAUGUGGGAGAAGGGUCAGAACCCAGAAUCUUAUAGGAAAUACUGGAGUCGUCCACCAAAAAGUCCUUCCAAGGGUAGCAUGGAUUCAACCUCUGCUUAUACUGCUUGGGACAUGCUUGCUGAUGACGGAGAAGAUAUGGAUGCUUCCUCCCACAUUCCUUUGGAUGAUGGCAUGCCAGUCGAUUUUGGUGCAAUUGAGGUUAUUCAAUGCCUCAUAGAACAACACAAUCCCAUAUUCACAGAUGCUAAUGAGACAGUCUGGUGAUGAUCGAGAAGAACCCCUUUCCUCAUGCCUUGUAAAAGGUGCCUGGCAAGAUCAAUCAUCUCUUGGGAUGAAAUUCAAAAAAUUUGGUCAAGAUGAUUAUUAUGCAGUGGAGGAUAUUUUGUUGGCAGCCAGAUCUGGGGAAGCAUGUGCAUCUGUUCCUGUACAUUUUAGUCAUUAGGGAGUUUCUUUUUAGUAAACUUGUAUUUGGAGAAAUAUUCAUUCUGCCUUUGCAACAUUGUCUAUUUUGGAUAGGAAAU